UGGAUGAGGAGACAGAUGAUCCACCAGCUUUGAUGGACGAAUGCACUAAGGAACAUGUCUCCAAAAUGUUUGAAGAUAAUGGAGACUCUACAGUAGAUCAGCAGGAGGAGGUUAUGGAAUCUGAGGGGGGCGAAAAGGCAGAAAAUCCAUUGCUCUAUCAAAGAGAAAUCGAGCAGAGUGGGAACAAGACUUGUGGCAGAGUAGAGGAGAAGGCUGAGUUGAGCAGACGUGACAUUACACUAAGGGACGCUACACCACAUAGACUAAAUGCAGAGACUGAAAUCAUUAAGUCAGAGGAGGGGAAGGGACCAUCUCCGAUCAAAACAUCUAAACCUUUUGAUCUGUACCCUAGUUUGAGUGUGUCACAAACAGCAUUUUCGGAUACUUCUUCGGUACUUUCUCCAGCCAGCAGCAGCGAGAAUUACAAUGAACCUCUAAAUCUCAGUACAGAUAUGGAGUUUACUGACAGUGAGACUGAAGCUAGACAUGCUGUAUGUAACAUCUCCUCACACAGUGGACUGAACAUUAACAAUAGUAAUGUUACUUCACACACCAAACCUAAAGUUCAGCUCCCUUCUUUCUCCCCACAGAGGUUUCCGCAGUCAAUGUCUCCAUUACACGUAUCGGCUGGUUACGCUUCACCAGCUACCAGUAUCCAUGGCAACCAAUCCCCCACACGUUCAUUUCUCCCGGACGGUUUAUCGGAGAACAUCUCAGCUGUCAGAGUUAAAGUUAGAUCCCGUCACGCUAGUUUCUCGACACCCCCAAAAUCACCGGCCGAUUCUCAGUGGAGAUUAUUUAAAGUUAACAGAGAUAUGAAGGAGGAAACCUUUGACGAUAUAAACGGAGAAAGAAAUUUCACCCAGAGCCUAACUUUGAAGAAUGUUUGCGAUGCUAAACUUAAUGUGUCGGAUAAAGAAGACGGAAUAUCUCAAGUCUCCAGUUGUCCCUCCUCCCCACGACACCUGGGCUCCCCUGUUCGCAGUCUCACUUCUCCUGCUCGCCCCCCUGCUGUGUCCCCCGUACGUCCGGCUAUCCUCCCCGUUAAUUCCCCUGCCCGUCCCCUGCGUUGUCAUGGUAAUGUGGAGCAGCGCCUCCCCCCUCACCGCAGCACCACCCCUUCUCCCUCACCACCUUUCUCUACUCCACCCACCCUCCCUGCACGCUGCGUCUCUCCUAACUCCUUCACCCGAGCCAGUUCCUUCACUUUAAAGAGGAAGAUAGUGGAGCCGGAUUGUGCUAGUCCUCCCAAAAGACCGUGUACGAUGGGACUGGGGCACAGGUCCCCUACAGUAGAAUACAGGGCCAGGAACCACAGCCCGGCUCCUCUCUCUCCGCUAGCAGUCAGCUCCCAGUCUGCCCCUGAGGGCGAGGUGGUGAGAGAGGUUCCUAUUCACCUCCUGGACAAGAUAGAGCUAAUGAGCGAGCAUUUCAGUGCCAACACCAGCGACAACAGCUCUGAUUCGUCAGAUAGUCCUCCUAGAAACAUUAGAUUAACGGGCUGAGACCACGUUACCAUAACAACCACUGCACGUGGUAUGACGUCACAUUACGCGACUUGAGAUUAUGACUUGUUAGACCGGACCUCUGUCUCAAUUUCGAUAGUGAUUAUUGGUUUCGUGAAGGUUAAAUUCAGUCAAGUCAAGUUGAUACUCAGAAAAAAUUUGUGUAGAACUGAGCACCCACCAGUUUGAUAACUUGAGACAUAUUGAAACUGGUAAAAAUAAGUCACAACAAAGAAGGACUCGCUCAAAGUGGGAUGCGUGCACUCUGCAGAUAUAAUUACGUUCAAUUUUAUUUUAUUUUUUGCAAUUUCAGCCGCGGCAGAUAUGUAACUUUAUCACGAGUAGUAGUCAUCUGUACAUAGAAUCAAGAAAUUUGAUUCUCUACAUAAAAUCUAGACAUUUUGACUGUUUUUGGGUAAGUUUUUUGGUUAAUCGAUCUCACGAGUCAAAGCUAACUUUUUCGACAAAUUUAUUUGAGAACAUUAUUCCAACUAAUAGCACAAGUUACCUGGCUACCAUUACUUAUACAUCGUCACUACUAUAAGUGUUAUCUAGUAUUACUACUAGUUACCAUAGUUACACUACUAGUUACCAUAGUUACACUACUAGUUACCAUAGUUACACUACUAGUUACCAUAGUUACACUACUAGUUACCAUAGUAACUUAUCGUGAUUACUAUAAGUGUUAUCUAUUGUAUUUAACAAUGUUUUGAAAGGGAUGUAGUCUAGCUAUUUAGUUAGUGUCUAUGUUACGACCUUAGGUUUUUGCAUCAGUUAGUGUUUAUGUCACGGCUUAAGGUUUUUGUUUACACAUUGUGGUAUAAAUUGGCAGAUUAGAUAAAAUUACUUUUCGAGGAGGUGGAGGCUAGGGCUUGGUAUGGAAGUUUAAAUAAGUUCUGCUCCAAAAUGGGGCGAUGGACAAAAGUUACCGACGUGGUAAUUUGAAUGGUCCGAGAUAACCUGUUAGUAACAUGAUUACUUUACAAUUUAGCUUACUUAGGUUUAUUAGUCACUAAAUUAGCUAUAGGCAUAGCUACAUUAAUUCAGUUAGGUAAUAGGUAUCAUUUGCAUUGCGCAUAUUACGAAAGCCAAAUUAGGGGCAGUUUGGAAAUACUAAUUUCUACACAAAAGUCUAAAAUGGAUUACGGAAAAAGGAGGAGUUCUCGCUAUUAUAGACAUAGUUGCUAAAGCUACAAGUUGCUACUGUAGUUACUUUAAGUUACUGUAAUUUUUAUUGCAACAUGCAGUAAUUAUCUCUAGUUACAGUAGUUACUCCUUUAUAAUACAACAUGUUACAUGUUGUUCCUGUAGUUACUUAGUUACUAAUAGCCUAUUUAAGUUGUUUUAAUAAGGAACCUGGUUAUCAUACCUCGUUCACAUUUAGUAACUAUAUACUAGCACUAUAAUAAUUGCCACCGGUAUGUACUGUGAUUACCUCGUUUCUUUAGUUUCUAUAAUUUAUAAAAUUAGUGAUAAAUGUAGUUAAUUUCAGUUACCAAUAUGGUUCCCAUAUUUACUGUAGUCCUCUUGUGACAAUUGUUACCUAGGUUAGAGGCAGGCUAAGCUUUUUUCUUUCAUCUAAUUGUUGUGCACACUAUUAUUGUGCAACUAUCUCUAGUUACAGUAGUUACUCCUUUAUAAUACACACUAAUUGUCUAUUUUGCGGAAUAUUUAUAAACUGUUUUGACUUAACUUAUUGGAAAAUAUUUAUUGUGUUUCACCGU